CUUUUAUUGCGGGCGGAGAACCGGUGAGUAAGCAGCAGCAGGAGCAGGAGCAGGAACAGCAGGAGAAGGAACAGCAGUAAGAGCAGGAACGGGAGCAGGAGCAGCAGUCCACUCCCACACGGACACUGAGGACAUUCCGAAAGUGAAAGUCAGCGUUCAGAGGCGUUAAAGGAAAAAAAUGACAUUUCCUCAGAACAGAAGUUUUGCAGAAGUUUGAUGGUGUAAAUGAAAUGUCCUGCCGUUUCCGCUAAGCACGCGCAGCUGUGUGACGGAGGAGUCAUGCUGAAGUGGAGUGUGUUGGUGUAUAUGCUCGGGGUGAUGGCGGCUCUGCUCCACCUGCAUUACACGCACAGGCGGAUGCUGACGGAGCUGCAGAGCGUCAGGACCGAGUGCAGCAACUUCUACUGCUACUACUACUGCUGCUCAGGGAUGUCAGUGGCGUUGACGUGUGGAGGCAGCAGGUCGAAGCGGGACGUCUCCUCACAGAGUAAACCAAGACGGAAGAGACAGACAGAACAGCGCACGUUUGUCCACCUGGUUCCUGCCUCCACAUACUCGUACGAUGAGCGCGAUUCCACCGUGCUAUCCUGGGCGGUCGGGCGGAGCCAGGGGGCGGGGUUUCAGGUAUCCGGGGAGUCCAUCACUGUGGUUACCGAGGGCUCGUACUUCAUUUACAGUCAGGUACUCUAUAAGGACCCUACCAGGCUGAUGGGUCACGUGAUCACCAAGCGUCUGAAAGGGGCGGAGACUAAACUGAUGAAGUGCCUGAAGAGCAUGCCCAGUAACGUGAGCGGGCCACUGAACACGUGCUACACUGCAGGUGAAGAUUACAUCACUCACAACGUCCUGAAUAGCGUGAAACUGACAGGCAUACACUUCCUGGAGUCAGGGUCAGUUCUGGAACUUUCUGUCCCACGGAGAUCCGCUGAACUCCUCAUCUCGGCUCAGGCCACCUUCAUGGGGAUCUUCAGUGUCUGAGCUCUGACCCUCAUACAAAUGUUUUCAAGUGUGUGUGUGUGUGUGUGUGUUGUAGUAAGUGGAUUUUGGAUAAAUGUUAUUGUAUUGGAUUUCAGAGGAAAGUUAUAAAAAAAAGGUGCAUGACACACACACACACACACACA